UUCAGUAGUCAAUUGCGUGAUAUUGUAUUUCUCCGUGUGUCCUUGUUGGAGAACAUUCCAAACUCCAAGUCAGCUGAUGCGCGAUACGUUACUGCGAUCCGCGAUCUUUCGACUGGAUGCGUUGCAGUGUCAUCUUUAUUUAUUUAAAUCAAAUCGACGAAGAAGAUAUUCAGUGACAAUCAGUGAUUUCGCAAUUCUUAUCUAUUGAAUUUGCUAUAUAUAUAUUUUGAUCCAUUUAAAAACGGUUAUUAAUGAAAUAAUUCCGUUAAUUUGAUGUCAGAAAUUUAUUAAAGUGUGGUUAGAACAAUCUAUUUAAAUUUUUGUAUUUACAAACUGAAAUAAAGAAUAUUGGGAAAAAGUGAACAAGAAAAAUAUAAGUGUAAUAUUCCAAAGAAAUAUAUAUGUAUAUAUAUAUAUAUAUAUACAUAUGUAUAUGCGUGUGUGUGUGUUUAUGACAGGAGAAAAAUUCGCAUUACACUUUGAGAAAUAUCGUCAUACACAACUAAAAUAAAUUUUAUUAUUUUUAAGAAUAAAUUUUAUUAACAUUAAUAUUUUCAUCUUUCAUUAUGUGCACUUCUGUAAAAAAUAAGGAUUCCCCACAAUGCAAAGAUAUAUUACUACGUAUCAAAAUGUUGUUCUGUGAUAUCUUCCGAUAUAUAAUCAUACAGCUACAUUUUCUCUUUGAUUGUGUUGUCGAUUUCGUUUUUGGCAUUUAUUACAAUCGGAAAGCAAAAAAAGUGCCAGCAGUAAAGAACAGUCUGUUGUUAGAAAGUGCUAUCUCUCUAGCAGAGAAAAUCAGGACAAAAAAAGUUACAUCAGAGGAAAUUGUAAGGGCUUAUAUUGAAAGAUGCAAAGAAGUGAAUAGCUUGAUAAACGCAAUAGUAGAAGGUAGAUACUCAGAUGCAAUUAAAGAGGCCAAAGGAGUGGAUGCCAUGAUAGAAAAAUGUACAGAUUUAGAGAAAAUAAAGAUAACAAUGCCAUUUUUUGGAGUUCCCUUUACUACAAAAGAAAGCAAUCGUGCUAAAGGAUUAAUCCAUUCCAUGGGCUUGCUCUGUCGCCGUAAUUAUCGUUCUGAGGAUGAUGCCACGACAGUUCGUUUCCUCAAAGAGGCUGGUGGAAUUUUGAUUGCAAAGACCAAUGUUCCUGAACUCAAUUUAUGGGCAGAAACGAGGAAUAAUCUAUAUGGACAGACGAAUAAUCCUUAUGAUAUUACUAGAACAGUGGGAGGCAGCAGUGGUGGAGAGGCAGCUAUAGUAGCAGCAUGUGGUGCUCCAUUUUCCAUUUGUAGUGAUAUAGGAGGUUCUACAAGAAUGCCUGCGUUCUUUAACGGAUUAUUUGGCCACAAGCCUAGUGAAGGAUUGACUCCAGUAGGUGGAAUUGGAUUGCGUGAGAAUGAUUAUCCAGAUACCAUGGUAGCAGCUGGUCCACUCUGUAAAAAGGCUGAAGAUCUAGCACCCUUAUUAAAGGUAUUAAUUGGUCCUAAUGUACAUAGAUUAAAGCUGGAUGAGCCAGUGAAUGUUCAGAAGCUAAAAGUGUUCUACCAAGAGAGCUCCGGCGAUUUGAGAGCAAGCAAAAUCAACAGGACUAUGCAGGCAACAUUAAUUAAAGUGAUACAACAUUUCAAAAAACUCACAGGUUCUGCUACAAAGAUUAAAAUACCAGGCUCUGAAUAUAGCUACAAACUGUGGAGGUAUUGGAUGACUCGCGAAAAUGUUAAUUUUAAACUGAAUAUAACAGAUCAAAAGUAUGUCACUAGUGCAAAAAGAGAAAUUUUUAACUUACUUACUGGAAACUCACAAUUGACAUUGGCCUCUAUCAUCAAAUUGAUAGAUGAGGAUUUCUUACCUAAGGAGAAUGAGGAAUGGGCAAAAUGUGUCACUGCGAAAAUGAAACAUUUCUUAAUGGAGAAAUUAGGUGAUAAUGGAGUACUAUUUUAUCCUUCGGCUCCAUUCCCUGCUAGUUAUCAUUAUUCCACAUACUUAAGACCCUUUAAUUUUGGCUAUUGGUGUCUAUUUAAUGUUUUACGAUUCCCAACUUGUCAAGUGCCUCUGGGCUUGGAUAAACAAGGUUUGCCAGUCGGUAUUCAGGUAAUAGCAGCUCCUUAUAAUGAUCAUCUAUGCUUCGCAGUGGCCAAAGAACUUGAAGCAACAUUCGGUGGAUGGGUUCCACCAUCAUGAAUUGUAUAAAGAAAAAACUGUCUUUUUAUUAAGGCUCUUGUUCUUUUUAUUGCAAUCAUAAUAUGCUAUUAGAAGCGAAAAAUUAUUAAAAUUAUUAAAAUUUUUUCUUUUGGAAUACAAUAGAAGCCAUUUUAAAGCUAUGGUAUUAGAGACAAGGAAUUCGAUAAUUAUUUAUAAAAGAAAAUAUCUCGUUGAUAACCUUGAUUUUUAUACAGAGUGGGCCAUUUUAAUCAAUCUAUUGAAAUAUUUUAGAGCCCUUAAGACAAAAAUGAUAUAAAAUAACUCGAAAAUACUUAAUGGAAAAAUAUUUUAUUAUAGUAUAGUAUAGUUUUGAAAAGAUCUCAAGAAAGAUUAUAAGAAUAUAGAAUAAAAAAUGGGAAGUUUUUAUUUCAAAAAAUAAAGUUGACCUAAAAAUAACUCUUUGGACUUUGAUUCAAGAUCAAAUGAAGAUCAUCAUCAAAUGACCCUUUCAACACCAAACAACUUUUAUCUAAAACAUUUUUGUCUUAAACUUAAGGGCUCUGAAAUAUUUUAGUGAAUUAAUUAGAAUGGCUAACCUUGUAUAUAUUAUAAAAGUGAGAAUACUGAUAGCGUAUUCGAUUUGUUGAUUCUACCCGACUCUGGGUCGAGUCGAGUCAGAUCUGAAGUUCGAUUUGAAACUCAAUGACUCUAAAUUAUCAUGGCGGAAAGCGGUUUAUGAUUGAUUUCGUGAUUUAUUACCUUCAUGAAAGAGUUUUUAACAUUAUUAUUUAUCAUAUUUUCAUUAUUACUACUUAUUCUUCUUUUCAUUUUAUAUAAUAUAAACUUAUAUUUCUAUGAUGAUGAUGAUGAUCAAGAAUAAUGUUAAAGACUCUUUGAUGGAGAUUAUGAAUCACGAAAUCAAUCAUAAAUUGCUUUCCGUCAUGAUAUAGUUUACAGUCAUUGAGUUUCAAAUCGAACUUGAGAUCUGACUCGACUCGACCCAGAGUCGGGUAGAAUCAACAAAUCGAAUACGCUAUGAGUCACAUUGGUUGCAAUCGCUCAUACAUAGUUUUCAUUAGAUGAUUAAAUAAAAGUUAUUUAAAUAUGUGACAAUAUGUUGAUGAUUUCUCACGCAAAAUAAGAUUUUUCUUACAAAAAUUAAUGCAUGAGCAAUGAACAAGCUACGAACAAGCACAUCUCUCUCUUUGCAGCAAACAAAUUAUAAACAAGCACAACUCUAUCUCUUUGCAUCCGUAAUGCAAUACAUAUACUCUGGGAUAUUUUAUAUAAAGUGUUUACAAGAUUUAUAUUUUAUAUUUUAAUUUGAUAAUUUUUUUUACAUAAAGUGUGAAAUAUGUCAUAAAUUAUUCAAUUUUUAGCUAUUCAAUUUUAACAAGUUUUUACACCGAAUAUUAUGAGGAAUUGAUUUAUAUAAAAAAAAUUGAAUGGUUCUAUUUAAAAAAGCUAGAUUGACUUUUCUAUGAUCUUAAAAAAUAGCCUUAAUUAAAAUUCAAAAUUAUUAACUUUUUUCUGUCAAAAUCUUAUAAAUCUGAAACUUUUUUUGUAUCACAUUAAAUUUUGAAAAAAACAUCUUGUAACAUUUUAUGUGAAAUAUACAAUAUAUAUAAAAAUAUUAUUAUACAUUGAAGAUUACAACACUGCGCAACAUUGUUUAUUUUUGUCUUAUUUAAGUUUUAAUGAAAGCAUUUUUAGUUUGAAGUUAUAUAUAUAUUAUUGUUACAAUUUUAUCAUUUAAUCUCUUCAUACAUCACGCAUAUUUACAAUUGUAUUUUUUUUACAAUUUUUAUUUAAAAAUUGUAUUAAAUGAUGAAAUAAUUUUGAACUUUUUUUAUAAUGCUUAUAUAAUAAUUUACUACUACUAUUCUUAAUUGUUUUUAUAACAAUUUUAAAUGGUGCUGGAACACUAAAAAAAUAGUUUAUAAUAUAAAUAAUAUAUAAUAAAUAUUGCAGUUUAUAAUAUAAAUAUUAUGUAUUAGCCAUCUUUAUGUACUAGCUACAUAUGCUAUACCAGUGAAAAAAUUUUAUACCAGUGAAAGUCUCAGUUUCCAGAUUCUUUUUUUUUUAAUUAUUCAUUUAAAUAUUUUAAUUAAUCAAGUUAAAACUUGAAGAAAUGUUUAAAAGAAAAAUUACUUUUACUAUAUGCAAUUAUUUAAAGGAGUAUUAAGUGAAGUCUAAUAUAUAAUUGGCUAAUAUAUAAUUGGAAUUUUUUAAUAGCAUUUAUAGAAUAAUUUUAGCUAUGAGAGUAUUUUAAACUACAAUAAAUAUCAAUUUACAUAAUAUUUUUAUUAUUAAUUUGAUAUUAAAUUAUGUGUAUAUUGUGGUCUUAUAGUUUAAAAGAUUAAGGAGGUCUUACGAUAAGAAAGAGAUAUUCUGUAUAAAUCUGUAUCAAAUAUAAAUAU